CUAGUCCUCUAUUGCUCCAUCGCACUAUCAUCACUAUCUCAACCUUGGGAAAACUGGCCCUCAUCGAUCAGUUCUCCCUGCCAAUUUGGCACUUCUCAAAUUGCUGUCACUUACAUAUGUAAAUACUUCGAUAGCAAUGGUAAAAAUUUGCGUUUAAAUACUGAGAUACCUAUCGCAUUGAUAAGAUAAAAUAAAAAUGUUGGCCAAAUAAAUGCUGCACAAAAAAUAAAAUAAAAAUAGCCCCAGCGGGUGACUUCAGUUUGCUGGGAGCCACGACACAGACAGGGCAAAAGUUAAACAGCUCCUGGAUUAUCAUACAAAUCAUUCCGCACAAUGGUAAUCUGUGAGAUUGAAUUCUUCAAUAAUACCCGGGGAAUUUUCUAUGCAGGCCAGUUGAUUUCAGGACAGGUGGUCAUUAAAACUGAGAAGGAAAAGUCAGUGAAAGCUGUAAUCCUUAACAUCAAGGGAUAUGCCGAAACCCACUGGGCGGAUACCGAACACGACCCGGAUGAUCAGUCGAAUGGUGAAUCAUUCAACGGACAUGUGGACUACUUGGCCACUAGGGCUUAUCUGCACGGGUCUAGUUCUAGCAUAGAGGUGCUUAUUGAGCCCGGCACCAGCACGUAUAGUUUCGCCUGUCAGUUGCCCAUCACAUGUCCCUCUUCUUUCGAGGGGACACUAGGUCGGAUACGUUAUCUGGUGAACGUGAGGUUCGUGCGUCCGUGGAAGUUCGAUCUGAACUUUAAUCGAUGCUUCACUGUGAUUAAAGUGAUGGACCUGAACUCCGAAAGCCUGAUGCUGAGGGUACCUAGCCAAGUUGAGUCCCAGCGAACUUUCUGCUGUUUUCCCUGCCGCUCGUCGCCACUCAGUAUGCGACUUUCUGUUCCACAGGGUGGCUUCGUGCCAGGACAGACCGUCCCGGUGGAGGUGAUGGUCUCUAAUGACAGUGGUGUAGCCGUGGAGGACAUAACCGUGAAAUUGACUAUGGUGGUGAUCUACUACAGUCAACCCCCGUCCGCGGACACCAACAAAGAUCGUUUCGAGAUGGUCGUGAAAACAGGCGAUGGUGUGUCGACCAAAUGCCGGAAGCAGCUUACCUUCGAUCUUAAGGUGCCGCCAACUCCGCCAACCUGCUUUAAUCUAUGCAGCAUCAUUCAGAUCGGCUAUCAGGUGGAAGCGGAAGCCAGGGUCAAAGGUUGUCAUGGCGGCCAAUCCCUUCACAUGCCCAUAACCAUUGGAAGUGUCCCGCUAACGAAGAAACUGCAAAAAGAACCAAGGACUUGGGGUGAAGUCCUGCCACCCCAGCAGCUGGAUGCCAAGGCAUUGAUUUUAAUUGGCAGCGAACAGCAUGGCGAACCACUUGGGAGCCCCAAUCCUUGGACUGCGGAUCCUUCAAUUGCUCCGCCGACUUAUACCGAGGCUAAGCACAUCUCCCCGGAUCCGCAGAAGUUCUCAAAAUCGAAGAAAAAGUCUCAGAAAAGAGGCGUCAAAGGAUCACGAGGGAGAAAUGCUGAAGCAAUUGUGUUUUCACCCUUGUACGGAGUCUUUGAUUUGUCAAACCAAAAGGACGAAAUGACUUUCAGAUCAAAUGAACCCAAGACUGAUGGCGGCUAUGUCAAUGACGGUGUAGAAAAAAGCACUUGGCUUUAGAAGGGCUUAAAAAUAAAUGUACCCAUUGUGUAAAUAAUUAAUAAGUAAUCAAAAUACAACAGACAUGACAAUAUUAAGACCUCAUUACGCUGUGGUUGAACGCAAACUGCGGAACUUGUUUCGACUUCAGUGAGCAAUAUUUUCUGAGUUGUGCGAUAUCUUAUCGAUGAGUUAAUAUAUUUAUGUGAGUGAAA